AUGGGAUGGUUUACAGGGGGUUUUUAGCCAUCAGAGAGAGAGAGGGAGAGGGAGGAAUCGAGCGUUUCUUGGGAGGAAGGAACAAGGGGUUGAGGAAGGGAAUUUGGUCGCCAAUUCGUGGUUUGGCCUCUCGUGAUCCUCCGAUCUCGCCUCCGCUUGAGCUGGGACAAAAUUUAGUGCGAAUAGCUAUAUUUUCUCGGCGAUCUCUUCGGAAUUGGAGAUCCUUAAGCUGAGAGCGUCGUUCCUCGUCGUCGCCACAGAUUUAGGAAAGAAUGGUGCUUCUUUUUUGAAAUUGCUGCGCCUACUUGUGAUGAAUCUUUCGGGUUUGGUGGUUCAGAACGGGAUGCCAGGCGAAUCAAGUGCUUAUGCAGCCCCUAUGGUGCCACAUUUUCCCAAAUCAGCUAGGGGGAAGCGUUCAGCAAGAAAGAAGACUGAGGAUCAGCAGAUGUGUGCAAUCGAUUUGCUUGCCAAUCUAGCAAGCAAAUUGUUGUCAGAAAGGGAAAAUUUGCCAAGUCCAAAUCACAAUAUUCAAACAUCUUCCCCUGUUUCAGUACGUGGUACGGUUAAAUUAGAGAAAAUUGAUGCACAGAAAUUGGUAAAGUUUGAGGCUUGUGAUCAGCUAAGUUGUAACGAAGAUCCACAUUGUCACAAAAAAUUCCUAAAAGGGAAGACAAAUGACUUGUGCAAUCAUUCAAUGGCCUCACAAGCCACGCCACCAGAGGAUGCUAUUACCCAAGAACAGAAGUUGAUUGGUAAGAAAGCAAAAAGUGUGCAUGGUUCCUACGUCGUUUCUCAGAAAUGUGGUGCAGAGAAACUUGAUUCUAGUACCAUAGUAUUGCAUGACCUAAAAGAAGUCAAGAGCAAGGCAACAUUCCGAGCUGAACAAAUGGACAGAGAUGUAAAAGAUGAGAAAGAUUUAUACAGGAAUAGUGCUGACAAUCGAAAGAAUUAUUAUGAAAAUUUUGCUGCUUUAGUUAGCUCCGACAACAAUUGUGAUAUUCCCUCGAACAUGAACAGCAUUCGCCGGAAGCUCUUCAUUCCCAAGCAGGAAGAUCAUGUGGAUCCUGCUACAGAUAAAGAUGAUGAGAAUUCUUCAGAAUGCAGUCAAUAUGUUGUUGCUACCAAGACCUCUAGGUUUCAGCACACAGGUGAUAGCCAUAGGAUAAGAAAGCUUUUAGCAUCUAGAUUGAGGAAAGUAGCUCCAGCAAUAUCACAGGAUGGAAAGAAAGCUAAUUAUGAUACAGAAAACAAGACUUCUUUACCUGGUAAGAAAAUUGAUUAUUCACGUCCAAGAACAUUGACGAACCCCUUCAGGAAAAGAAAAUUGUUUGAUCAUUAUUCUGCGUCAGCUUCUGAUGGAGGGAUUUAUUGCGAAGCAAAGGAUGAAUGGUCUUCAACGAAAGUAAGCAAAUCAUGCAAUAGUUCUUCAGACUACCAUGUUAAAUUGAGGAUCAAGUCUUUUGAGGUGCCAGAACUUGUUGUUGAGGUUCCUGAAACAACUACUGUUGGUUCGCUAAAGAGGACGGUUUGGGAGGCUAUAACUACUAUCCUUGGAGGCGGGUUGCAUGUUGGUAUUCUUCUUCAAGGAAAGAAGGUUGCAGAUGAUAGCCAAACCUUGCACCAGGCUGGAAUUUUGCAUAGCGACAAGUUAGGUGAUUUGGGCUUUAUGUUGGAGCCCAAUAAUAGACAUGUUCCAGAAGAACUGACAUGCUCUAAAGACCCUCAUCUUCUAAGUCUGGGUUGUUCUCCUUAUCAACUAGACAGAUUUCCACCUGUAGUUCCUUCUGCCAUAGAUCAAUUGGGAAAUGAAGCUACUCAAAAAUGUGCAAAGGCCUCUCCUGAGAGUGGUCAUGAUUCAAUUCAGUCACAAACCAAUGCGUCAUCACCUGAAAAGCAAACUGCCAGUACACUACCUCUGGUUGCAAUGCCACAACCACUAAAUGUGGAAGCAAUGGCCAUUGUUCCUCUUCCUAACAAGCCUAAGAUCAAAUCAUGUCAAAUUGCUCAACGUCGAGUUCGAAGGCCAUUCACUGUUGCUGAAGUGGAAGCCCUCGUCCAGGCAGUGGAAAAGCUUGGUACAGGAAGGUGGAGAGAUGUCAAACUUUGUGCUUUUGAGAAUGAAAAGCACCGGACAUACGUUGAUCUAAAGGAUAAAUGGAAGACAUUGGUACACACAGCCAGGAUUUCGCCGCAACAAAGAAGAGGAGAACCUGUCCCUCAAGAGCUUUUAGAUAGGGUUCUGUUAGCCCAUGGCUAUUGGUCCCAGCAACAAACCAAGCUUCAGGUGAAAUCGCUUCCCGCGUCUGAGACUCUCUUACUCCUCUCAUACCCUCGGAAGUAGAAACCAUUUGAUUCAUGUAGAUAAACAGAUUCUACAAUUUUUUUUAAAAAAAAAAAAAGGGGAAAAGGUUAAAUAGCCGAUAAAACUCUUUGACCUUCAAUCACCAUACCGUCAUUCUUCACCACUAUUCUUUCACGCGGAAGUUCUUUAGGAAGAAUAAGGAAAUGAAGAUUAGUUUUUUCUUCGAUUGUAUACGAUAGACAAUGAUCCAGGAAAACAGCAUUGAUUGUGCAAAAGAAACAAGGUAGUCGUGUCACUAACCGGUGACUUCUCAUUUGUUUAAUUCAUUCUUUUCCGUGGAGUCUGCUUGUGCCUUGAAGAUGCCGAGCUUACUUCUUUUAUUUGCUUCUCUUUCAAUGUUGUAUUGAUUAACUGUUUUUUCUUAUUCACAAUUCACCCUUUA